GGUAACACACUGUUCCAACACUAUACUCAGGUAUUACUGCUGUUAUGUUUCGGCACAUCGAAAUCCUCUCAGCUCUUUUCUGUUUGCUGUUACUUUACCAUAAUGUGAAUACCAAACUAUGUCCAGCAGGUCAGAGGAAAAUUUACGGUCAAGAUAAGUGUGAGGACUGUCCAAAGGAACAAUACAGUACUAAUAAGGGAGAGGAGAUUGUCUGUCUUCAUUGUAGCAAAUGUAAAGAAGGUAGUGAGAUAGAUGUAAAAUGCAAUCCAACCAGAGACACUCGCUGCAGAUGUAAACCAGGCUAUACACCUGUAGAUAUGCUCAAACAAACAUUUUGCAUUUGUGAAGUAGGUUAUGGACUGGAACAUGCAGGAAAAUUAUGCAUCAAAUGUAUACAUGGAUUUUUCUCAAACAAACAAAACUCGGACUGUCAAAAAUGGAAAGAAUGUAAGAGUGGUAUUAGGAUUCCAGGAAACAACACCUCUGAUGCUGUCUGUAAUCCAGUUAUAGCCACCUCGACUCCAAAGACCAUAACCACCUCUUAUAUUGCGACAGACGUUCACAAAGUCAUAUCCACCUCGACUCCAAAGACCAUAACCACCUCUUACAUUGCGACAGACGUUCACACAGUCAUAUCCACCUUGACUCCAAAGCCCCAAAACAAAGACCGUUUCUACAUCUUGUGGCUUGUCUUGGUAUGCGGUGUUAUUCUUCUGCUGAUGGGGCUCUUGUAUCAUAAGUGUAUAACCACCUACUGCAUUCUUAACAACACAAAGCUUGUCUCUCGAAAAGAAAGCGCAUGCAAAAAGCCUGUUGAAGAAUCUGGGGAGAAGUGUCUCUCUCUGCUUGUCUAACACAGUCUUUUAAAGCCUCAUCUUGUUUCUUUUUGUGAAAAACUUGUAGUUGUAAGCAAUGGUUGUUUUGUAGGAAACCUUUUAAUUUUCAGAGUUACUUUCCAAUUACUGUUGUUUUUUCAGCUUUUCUGCAGGUUGUGUGUGUUUUUUUUACUUAUUUUUACUAUGUACAAUUUAUGACAGCUGUAGCUUUAGCUUAUAAUAAGACUGUUUUAAGAUCAUUUGAUUUCAGAUGGCUCAAGAGACCAAUUCAAUGCAUACAUUAUUUUUUUGUUCUUUACCUGAGAAUUCACUGCUGAACAGUGAAUUUAAAUUUCAUCAUAUCGCUUGAACUGCCACUUCAGUCGACACCUCAUUGUAGGUAGAUGGAUGGCUGGAAUGACGCCAUGGUUACCAUGGCAUCACAUUUGUUAACCGCAGACAUAUCCUGUUGACUCAUGCAUUCCUGAGAGGAAAUAUGAUGAAUUAUCUGAAUUUCCCAUAUUGAGGUGGGCUAAGGACAACUUCUGAGAAUCUUUACUGUUGUUUUUUUAUGUAGCCUCAUUAUGAAGGUUUGGUUUUGUUUCUAUGAAAUGAAAAUAAAUGUGAACUGUAAUUGUGACAUUUUGGAUGGGGAGAGGGCAUUCAGGAUGAUUUAUUUUCGUAUUUAUUUUUUUAAUAAUAUUUCAUUUUAAUCAUCUUUAAAACGCUAUUGGGUCAGCUUUAGUAUACAUUUAAUAUGCUAAGGUAUUUUCAUUGUCUUGAUUUCUGUAUUUAAAUUGUACAUUCAAAUACAGAGCAGGUGUUGUCCCCUCCUACAUUUAUGUUUCUUCCAACAUUUAACUGCGUCCCCUCCCUCUGUGUCUUGAACCAUAGUUCAAGGGAGGCGAUAGAUUUCGGUUCAAAGACUUCUUCAAAAUUUCCAUCCACCCGACUCACGUUCCAGCCUUCAAAGCAUCAUUUUGUACGUUUUGUAUCGUGUAUGAAACCACAACAGCUCAAAAUGGAACAACUGUAGGUGGUUUACACCAGGAAUCUCAAUUUAAUUCUUAAAAACUUUGUGGUGCUUUUUGUCAUUUUAAAUUUUGAGAUUGGUUUAAGUUUGUUUGAGCACUGAUGCUUUUUACCAGUUACAGUCAUCGUCAAAGUCUUGUAAUGUUGAAAAUCAACACAUGAGGAGCCUUAUUUUUUUACAUAAAUAUAAUAUAUAUUUUUUGGUAUUUUUUCAUAUAGCAUGCACUCAGUAUUACUUUUAUGACACAGAAACUAACUUCUAUGUGAUGUAGAUGUAGUAACAAACUCAAGUUCUGUUUAACAAAACCAUACCUGAAUUGCUAUUGGUUUGUUUCAGUCAUAGCUUAUGAACGAUGACGCCUCAUUUGGCGUCAGAGUGUGGUGACCCCUACACAUGUGAAACUUUUUAAUAAAAGGAUUUCAAAUUUAAAGUAGGCUGAUAACCACAAAGGUGGCCAAUUCAACGCCUCCCACCCAAACCACGAAGGGGUGAAACACUUUUCAGGGUGUGAUGAUAUUAAAGGCUAAAGGCAUUUGAUGUUUGAUUCAAGAACAAUGUUUAUAAUACCUUUUUGAUACAUUAUCUUGGUUUUCUUUGCCUUUUGUUUAUAAGACACCCCCUACAGGGCC